AUGCCUAAUAUUCCUGGUCAUCAACGCAAUGUGUCGCAAGGACAACAUCUCAUCGUCGAUCGAACAGAGUCCGACGAAGAAGACGCUUCGAAAUCGACAAAAAUGCCGCAGGAAACGAUUCAGAUUGAGGAUGACGCGCCAUAUGGAAACGGCGGAGUCUAUCCGGGCUCGAGCCCGCCGUAUACGCCAAGCCGACCGCAAGAUAACAAGUCGACAGGAAUGUGCAGUCCAGCGAUCAGAGCAAAUAUUCGAGUCAUUCUAGGAUCAAUAUUCCUUACAAUUAUUGGAAGCAUACUAAUCGUUCUCGGGCUAACCGUUAUGAUAAAACAAGAAGAAGGAAUGCAGUUCUUCGUAUUUUUGUUCGCUGGUGCCAUAUGCUUCAUUCCGGGCUUCUACCAUCUAUAUUUUGUGAUUUGCACAAUUUGCGGUCGACCAGGCUAUUCAUUCGACAAAUUGCCAACUUUUAAUCGAUGA